AUUUUUAGUGAUUGACGAAAUGUAAAAUUGUUGUACAGAACACUAAAUACAAGUACUAUAAAGUCUCCAGCUAACGGCAUCUCGGAAAUAUUGAAAUGAAUUUAUUAAUGUAAUUGAAGAAUAAUAUGCAUCGCAGAGAGACCAGAGAGACGCCUUCAGAACUGGAAAUGAUCAGUACAGUUUUGAGAAAACAUUAGUUACAGUAUAGGAACAAACUCCAGAUAUUUUUAUCAUAUUUAAUAAAUUAACAAAAGUUUGACGUACGUUUGACGCAGUAAAGCUAUCAGUCUGACAUCAAAGAUUUUGGCAAUUGUUUUCAUAUGUGUAAUAUGCCAUUGGCAACAUGAGGCACAUAAGAACAUGGAUUUUUGUAGUUGCGUCCUUCACAAAAGUACGCAAAUUAUUUGUAGCAGUAUGGAUAAUUGGUACAAUAGCAAUGCUUGGAUCAUUCAUGAAAUCUCCCGGUACCUUCUUAUCUAGCAGUGUUUUGACAGAGCGAGAAGAGAUAGAGCAUGUCGAAAGAAAUUCGGCUUAUCGUCAGCAGGAUACCUAUCCUGUUUAUCAACAAGAGUCUAAUGAGGGUACUAAUCAAGAACAAAAGCUUAAUGAGGGCACUAAUAAAGAACAGGUGACUACAGAUGAACAACGACGAUUAAGAAUUUACAUAGAGCAGGUUGAGGCUCGGUACCUCGCCUCUUUACGUGCCAGGCGCAAUCUUGUGUUGGUUAGAGGGAAUGACAAGGUGAUAGACCGGGACUUACCGCUCUAUAAAGAUGCGCUGCUCAAACGUGGGUACGGCGUUGAGGUAGAGACUACCACGGGGAUUCCAUGGAAAGGAUACAAUACUUCAGAUAAACCCGAAAAGAAGGAAGAUUGGUUGUCAGUUAUAUGUAUGAGCUUUACUGAUGGCGAAACUGACUGUAUGCAACGGGAAAACUAUACAGACAUGACCCCAGGACAGACAAUCAACCGCAUUCCUGGAAUAAGAAAAUCCCUAUGGAGAAAAGAUGGUCUCUGUAGAACAAUGAACGCAGUUAGACACAUUCCAGUACUAAGAGAUAGUAACCUAUCACCCUUGUGUUAUAACCUACCUGAACAGCAAGAAUCAUUCCAGUCAAUAUCAAGGCACACACCUAUCUCACCAUGGAUCAUCAAAUCUGUUCUACCCGCGGGGAGUAUACAUCUCUUGUCUCCAACUAGACAACCACUUCUCCGCACAUAUAAGUAUUCAAAGACGCAACCAUCUGUUGUACAGCAGUACAUCAGUAACCCCCUCCUGGUCAAAGGUCUGCCAUUUAGCAUGAGGGCAUUCGUACUCGUUACGUCAUUCUCCCCUCUCAGGGCAUACAUCCAUUCCGAAGGCCUUGUGCAGUUCAGGUACAGCUACGAGCGAAACUUUAAAAAGAUUCCUGGUAAAACUUGGAGUUUUAGCCAGUUGAGAAGAUACGCCAUGAGCAAGUUUAACAUGGAGACUGCACGUGUAAUGUGGCGCAAUAUGGAAAGUGUCAUCAUACAGACCCUCCUAGCAGCAGAACUUACUGUUGUGCAGCAUUAUGAACACUUUGGAACAGCUGAUCAACCAUACGAUUGCAGCCACUGCUUUCAACUGCUUGGUAUUGAUCUGAUAUUCAACUCGUCUUUUCACCCCUCUGUUGUUGAGGUAAAUGGUCAGCCACACAUGCAAGAAGGUGUUGUGGACGUGGGGUUGGACAAUAAUGAUGCAAAACGUAAUGCAGUAGAAGAUCUCGUUUCCCUUGUAUUCUCAACAACGCCUGUCGCCAGUGAUGUCACAAAAGCACUAUUAGCAGUUGCGCCUGAACAAAAAAUCGUUGAAGAGUUUGGUUGUGGUCCUAAUCCUGAACUGUGUCUCACAAAUAAAGAUAUCCUAAGGCUUCUACAUUCCAGAAGGGAAGUGAUCAACAAAGGCAACUUUCAAUUGCUUUAUCCAACACCAGGAGGCAACAAAUACAGCAUACUGAUGCAACAACUACAUGACUUCAACCAGAAGCUGGCAGGAAGUUCUCCACAUGACAACAGCCAUGGCACAUAUACUAUCCAUGCAUUCAUGAGCAAGCUGGCAACGUACUACAGCAAUAUAGACUCAACUGAGGAUGUGUAUUCUGAUGAAUCAACAGAAGCCGUAGAGUUUUCAAAUGAACAACCGCCUGAAACAUUAGUAGAAAAUAUAUUCAUCAACAAAACACAGUCGAAAGACAAAUAUGUAAGGCAUCACUGUGAAGAAGAUCUAACAUCUCUGUCUCUACUAAGCGGCAUAUUCACCGAGCCUGCAAUCGCUCUCAAUUUCUCCCCUACCGUCUACAUCUACGAUAUAGAGGUCGCUUAUGAUGUUCAAGUUGUUAAAAUAUGGGCAUUCGCUAUGAAUUGUCAUUGUGAGGCGAGGACGGAUAGCAAAAUUGGACCAACAAGUCCUACCAACUACACACUCGGUCUUGGAACGAGCACCAUUGCACUCUUUGUAGUAGAUGUAAGCCACACAAAUCCAUGGAUAGUGAAUCGUUAUUUAAUAAAUAUACAUCGUCGGGCCAGGGGACAUCAUCUAGGAAUGUUCCAAGCAAACGACGAGCACGUGGUAUGUCAGCUAAGGCACACGUGUGAUUUAAUGACAUCCAACCUUGAUUCGUGUGGGUUGCAACCAACAGAGCACCUCUCGUGGAGGUCUUCAUUUGAGAAUUAUGGGACCAUGCCCUUGUGUGAGUCGGGAAAUGUACCAGGUGGCUGGCUGGUGCCGUGUCGUGAAGACUGUAGUGACGACAACAACUGUUAUUGGGGAGAGGCAAGAUGGCAACCGGAUGGUUGUAGUUAUGAAAUACUCAACGAACAUCAAACACAAAGCUGUCUUGAUGGAAAAAAGGUGUUAUUUCUUGGUGACUCUACCAACAGAGGUAUCAUGCAUUACAUGAUGGAAGCUGUCAAUGGGACUCUCACUCAGAUUGAUAAGUCCCACGGUAUAGUAGUAUACAACAACCUCAACUUUGGGCGCACUAGUAUGGCAUUUGCUUAUUACCCGCAGUUCUGGCAGCCUGAUGCAAAUAAAAGAAGUUUAGCUGAUACUCUUACAAAGCUCGUCCAAAUGGCUGGCCCAUUGAACAACAACAGUAAUACUGUAUUGGUAGUUGGUGGCGUGAGUUGGCUGAUGACAAAACAUUUUCCUCUUAUUAUUUCCGCGCUCAACAGGAUUGACUUACAGGGAAUUAAGCUGGUCAUAAAGAGCAUGGGCACAACUAAUAUAGAGAAGAUGGAUGUUUCAGAAGCCAUACAACAUAAUGCUGAGCUUACUAGAUGUGCUCAAUUGUAUGGUUUGGAGGUCAUACAAACCUUUCCAAUGGUAUUGUCACGAUACAAGGACUUUCUUCAGGGCAAAUGUGCUUGCCAUUUUCACAAGAUUAAAGAAAUUCAUUCCGACAAACAGGUGGUCCAAGAUUCAAGUUCUAAUAAAUUCCAACAUCUCGUGCGUGGACAGACAUCGUUAAAUGACCACGUGACGUAUCACGUGGAUGGAGAUGUUAACGCCGCCUAUUCAAAUAUACUUUUAAAUAUGCUGUGUCAGCAUAAACAUUCAUAACUAAUCAAAAUGAUUAUUAUUAAUGUGGAGCUCAGUCAUUUAAAACCUAGAAAGUAAUUUAUCAUGAGAUAUCGUAUAUGAUAUCUAAAUUCCAAAUUAGGAAUCAGGGUACCGAAAUAAAUAUACGAAUUAUAAACUGUUAUUUUCAACUGUGUAUUAAAAGUGUCAAAACAGAGUAUCAAUAUAACUACAGGGUAGUGUAUAGUGAGAAGAAGAAAGUGUCGUCCUUAAAAAAGUGACCACCUUGCCGGGCCUGUUCUA